UCACGUACGACGAAGCGAAACGGUUUUCAAUAACAGCGCGUCGGCGGUAAAUCUGCGAGGUUAGGAACGAACGUUUGGAAUUGGGGAAACACGAUUUGCUGCGGUUUUGUAAUUAUUUAGCUAUAAGCUAACAACUUUCUCUUUACAUCAGAGAGAUAUUGAUAAAAGAGAAGAUGGAUUUUCUGGAAUAUCCUGACAUUGUCGCCGAAGUUAAAGGCGCGAUGACACCAGGUAAAUUAAAGUUGACCGAUCAGCACCUGAUCUUUAAGAGCCAGAAAACUGGCAAGGUGGAACAAAUCUCUGCUUCCGACAUGGAGAUGGUGAACUAUCAGAAAUUUAUCGGCACUUGGGGUUUGCGUAUUUUUUUAAAGAACGGCACUCUGCAUCGCUUUCGAGGCUUCAAAGAAGCCGACCAAGAGAAGAUUGCGAAAUUCUUCUCUGUGAAUUAUAAGAAGGAGACUCUGGAGAAGGAACUGAGCUUGAAGGGUUGGAACUGGGGUACAGCUAAAUUCACAGGCUCAGUUUUAAGCUUCGAUGUAGGCCACCAUACUGCUUUUGAGAUACCUCUAUACGAUGUAUCGCAGUGUAACACUGGAAAAAAUGAAGUGACCUUGGAGUUCCAUCAGAAUGACGAUGCUCCGGUCAGUCUGAUGGAAAUGAGGUUUCAUAUUCCCGUAAGUGACAGUGUUGAUCAAGAUCCUGUGGAAGCGUUCCAUCAGCAGGUGAUGGAGAAGGCAUCCGUGAUUAGCGUGAGCGGCGAUGCGAUCGCCAUAUUCAAGGAAAUCUAUUGUCUGACGCCACGCGGUCGUUACGACAUCAAGAUCUUCCAGACGUUCUUUCAGCUGCACGGAAAGACCUUUGAUUAUAAAAUCCCCAUGUCGGCGGUUCUAAGACUCUUCCUGCUGCCUCACAAGGACAAUCGGCAGAUGUACUUCGUCGUAAGCCUGGAUCCUCCCAUAAAGCAGGGUCAAACGCGAUAUCAUUAUCUGGUGCUGCUGUUCAAGCAGGAGGAGGAGACCUCCAUCGAGUUACCGUUCACUGAGAAAGAACUGAAGGAGAAAUACGAGGACAAACUGAGCAAGGAGUUGGCGGGCCCGACGUACGAGGUGCUGGGCAAGGUGAUGAAGGUGAUCAUAAACCGGAAGCUGACCGGGCCGGGGCACUUCACGGGCCACACCGGGACGCCGGCGAUCGGCUGCUCGUUCAAAGCUGCCGCCGGCUACCUGUACCCGCUGGAACGCGGCUUCAUCUACGUGCACAAGCCGCCGAUACACAUUCGUUUCGAGGAGAUCGCGUCGGUGAAUUUCGCCCGUGGCGGCGGUUCCACGAGGUCCUUCGACUUCGAGAUCGAGCUGACGAGCGGCGUGGUGCACACGUUCAGCAGCAUCGAGAAGGAGGAGUACGGCAAGCUGUUCGACUUCAUCAUGCUGAAGAAGCUGCGCGUCAAAAACCGCGGCAAGAGCGACAAGCUGAACUACGACCAAGACUUCGGCGACAGCGACCAGGAGGACGAGCCGGACGCUUAUCUGGCGCGCGUGAAGGCGGAGGCGGAGGAACGGGACGGCGACGAUAAUCAGGACUCCGAGGAAGGCUCGACUGAUGAGGACUUCAACCCGAAUCAAGACGAGAGCGACGUCGCCGAGGAGUACGACAGCAACCCCAACAGUUCCGACAGCGGCGAAGACUCGGACGCGUCCGCGGCCAGCCACAAGAAGGAGAAGAAGGAGAAGAAGGAGAAGAAGUCGAAGUCGGCGAAGACCGUGUCGGAGAAGCCGCGCAAGCCGCGGAAGCCGAAGAAGGAGAAGGACGCGAACAAGCCGAAGAGGCCGCCGACGGCGUUCAUGCUGUGGCUGAACAGCGCGCGCGAGAGCAUCAAGGCGGACAACCCGGGCAUCGCCGUCACGGAGAUCGCGAAGAAGGGCGGCGAGAUGUGGCGGGAACUGAAGGACAAGUCCGAGUGGGAGGCGAAGGCGGCCAAGGCCAAGGAGGAGUACGCCGUGUCGAUGAAGGAGUACGAGGCGAGCGGCGGCGGCAAGUCGAAGGACAAGUCGGACAAGAAGGAGAACGCGGGACCGAAGAAGAAGAAGGAGACGAAGAAGGACUCGCCCAGCAAGAUUAUGAGCGGCUCCUCCUUCAAGAGCAAGGAGUACAUCAGCGACGACGGCAGCAGCAGCAGCGACGAGAGCAAGAAGUCCGGGAAGAAGCGUCCCUCCGACGACGGGGACAGCGUGGACGAGAAGAAGAAGAAGAAGGGCGACAAGCGGCCCGCGGAGAGCACCGGCAAUGCGUCGAAGAAGAAACGAGACCAGUCGGACGACGGAGAGAGCGACGCGGAGGAGGUGGAGAGCACGCCGCCCUCGUCCGACGCGGAGUCGAAAGACAGCGAUUAAACUCGACGGCCCGAAGAGAAUUUCCUCGCGCACGG